CCUGAAUAAUGACAGGUGGUAAGAACCAAAUAACAAAUUUCAAAAUAUUUUACUUUUUUAAUAUAUAGUACGAAAUAUAUCUUCUUGCUUAGCGAUAAAAUAUAAUUUUCUAUCUAAUUAAUAAUAAGUUUAACGUUUUUUAUUGUAAAAUAUUGUAAGCUACAUUUCCUUUUUAUUGUUUUGAAUAAGUAUUUAUUACUGACCUGGAAUAAUGAUUUAUUAUCUUAUGCUAAAGCUCUUUCCCUUUUAAUUAUAUGCAUAGCUUUAUGAACGUGUAUAUCUAUAUUCCAUUAGUAGUUUUAAUGAACCAUUCGCGAAAAUUUUUCUAAGAAACUGGAAAUUGACAAAUGCGUUAUGUCAAUUUAAGCUAACCCUGUGCGUUUAUCUAACCACAAAACUUAACCAUUAGACAACAUUUUAUUUUACACCAAACAUACAAGCAGUAUUUAAUAUUUUGUAAUAAUGGCCGGUCCAAAGAAAAAGCCAAGAAAUCCUUCAAAAUCUGGAUCUGAAGAAUCGGAAAAUGAGGAAAGUGAUUCCGGCACCUAUCUUGGUCAAAAGGAAAUUCAAGCUACGUUUGAGGGCCGAAAUCCGGAAAGUCAGGAUUUUCAUGGUAUCAAACAACUUUUGAGUCAACUCUUUUUAAAAGCUCAUAUAGAUCUCUCUCAACUGAGCGAUUUGCUAAUUGCACAAAAUGGUAUCGGCUCUGUUUUGAAACAAAGUUACGGUGAUAGUGAUGACGAGGAUGAAGAUGUGGAUAUGAAUGAUGAAAAGGACGUAUUUGGAAUUACAAGUGUUAUUAGUUUGACAUCUUCAAAAAACACACCGUGUAUACAGCAAUUUUAUUCAUUAUUGGAGGAACUUGGACAAAAGCAUGCUGAUGAGUCAGUUCAAAAUACUAUCAAGAAUAUCGUAACACAACAUAGGAUAGGAUUUUUAAUAAAUGAACGAUUUGUCAAUAUACCAGCACAAAUUUCAUUGCCUUUGUUCACAUCUUUAAGUGAUGAAGUAGAUAGAAUGGCAAAGAAAUAUCCUUAUUAUGAUUUUGAGUAUUACAUAUUGAUUUGUAAAACAUGCAGAUCAAAAGAUAACAAAGAUGAAGAGUUUUUCACAAAUGAAGAAGAGGAAAUAUUUUCCAAAGAAGCAGAUUUAACCUUUGAUUUUUGUGUUGCUAAUGAAAGUGAUGUAGGAUUAGGAGGCAAAUGGCUUGCCAACGAUCAACAAGUUAUACCCUAUAGAAGAAUAGUCAUUUUUAAAGCGGAUAAACUUAAAAAUAUUGUCGCUAAAAUAAGUACUUUUGUUCAGUCAUCAUAAUAACAUUCAUUUAAAUUGAUUCAAAUGUUAGAUAACAUUUUAAUUUUUUUAUAAUUUUCGAAAGAAAUCAAGUAUAAGUUUUUAAAUAAAAACAUAAUCAUUGUUUAA